AUGGUGAUUGAUCAAGAAAUUGAAAAUUUACACUCAGCUUACGAAAGAAUAAUUUAUGCGUGUAAGAAUGGGUUUCAGGAAUACAUGUUAGAAUAUGGUCCUGUUAAACUCAGUGUAUCAGAUCUUUGCACAUUACUUCCACCUGGUUAUGUGACCGACUUCAAAAAGAUAAAGUCAGCACAUCCAGAUUUGAUUCCUGGUUGGCUUGUGGAUAAGGUACUUUAUUAAUAUUUUUUUGUUUAAUUAAUCUCCAUGUUAAUAAACUACAAAGUUUAUUAACAUGUGCUAAUAUUACAUGUGUAUGAGAAUCAUAUGUAAUUCGAUAGGUAAAAAAUACGGUGAUAUUCACUUAGUUUCCUUCUGGUAACUAUUUAUUAUUGAAUGUUAUGUACUAUAUUGCCACGCUCUUUACAUAUGAUUCAAUACAAACUACAAGUGUUUUAAUUUAAAGCUUAAUAUAUUGCAUUGUAGAUUGUUGAAACAACGUUAUGGCGAUUACGUCUCUCAAAUCCAGAAACUUUUUAUGCGGAUGCCACCUUGUGGGAGCUUGUGGAGAGACAGUCAAGCACCCGAAGACUAUGGAUGGGGGAAAGUUUUAGUGCCAUUGAGAAAAUGUUUAUCCCGAUGAACAUCACCCGUAACCACUGGACACUGUUGGUAUGAAUUCAUAUUCACAAACUAAACAAUUUAAACGCAUUCAACAAACUAAACUCAGGCAGCAUUAUAUAUUUAAUGGUAACACUUUAACACACAUGCAAACGCUCCCAUACACCAUACUUUAGUAUAUUUACUAAACUUGUAUUCGUUUUCACAGUGUGACGUCAGAACGUUGAUUAAUAUUAUUGAAAACCAACAUUAUGACAUCAGACUGUUGAUUAAUGUCAGAACUCAAUAUUUGGCCUAUUACUGAAUUGACAUGACCAAUUCACCGAUGGCAAUUGCAAUCAAAACCUUAUUUUUUAAUAAAUAAUCUCAGUUAUAAUAUUCUCAAUUAUAUGAAUUGCAGGUGAUUGAUUGCAAAAAUUCCCGUCGACUUUACCUGGAUCCAUUACAUAGUCAGGAACAAUCAAUAACAUGUACCAAUAACCCAGCAUUAAAACAACUGAUUGAUAACAUAAGGUAUUUAUACUAUGUAUAGUAUAUAACAAGCAACCUUAAUGUACUAAAGAUAGUAUGAAUUAAUAUAUUAUUGAGUUUAAUUAAAGUUAUUGUCUAAGUAAAGCAUUAAAGUAUUGCAUUUUUUUCUUCAAUUUAACAGUUCUGUAGUGGACAUCAAAACUGGUUGGAGGAGCAAGAAUUGGGAAUGUGUAGAGCCCAAGCAUUUUGUUCAAAAAGAUGGGUAUAAUUGUGGGAUUCUGAUAUGUUUGGUAGGUGCAGUACAAAAUAACCAUUGAAAAUUAACAGAAAUUAUUUAAAAAGUUAUUACUUUAAAGUGUACUUGCCUUCAAUUUGUAACUUUAAUCUUUUUAGUUUGCACGUUGUAUAACCAGAGGAGAACCGCUAAACCAAGCUUUUAACAUGAAAAGUGAAAGAGAUAAAAUUUCAUCAUCACUUUUUGGCAACUGUUAUGAUGAUUUUGUUGAGUAA